CGAAAACGAGAUUUACAAACGCACUACAAGUGAUUGGGGAUUGGGAACAAAUAUCAAAGCUUCAAAUUACAGAGAGCUGUCUGGCCGACAGACAUAUGCGGAGUAUAAGCAGAAAGACGCCGCAAUAGAUCAAACCAGGUACUAUCGGUGCCGCCAUGAGGAGUAUUCGUCGUUUGCUCUCUCGUCGACUAUUAUCUACUACGGCUUGCCUUGCCGCCAAACCUCCAGUAAAGCUCCUUCAUAUCCCAAAGCUUGGCUCAGAAUCUGAACAUCUACUGGCAAGACAAUGGGUGGAUGCGUUUACGCCAGAAGAUAUACCGAAGGAAGGCUGGGUGGCCACAAGGAGUCGGUCCAGCGGUCCCGGUGGUCAGCAUGUAAAUAAGACGGAAUCAAAGGUUACUAUAAGAUGUGAUCUAGAUCAGGCUGUCGGUCGGUGGUUACCCAAGUUCAUCAUGUCAGCUUUAACGAAAUCUACGCAUUACCAUCACUCCCCACCGUCACUCCUCAUCACCUCUCAGACAACACGGUCGGCUUCUCAAAAUCAAGCUAAUGCUCUGAGUCUCUUACAUCAAACUAUCGUCUCGUCAGCCAACUCUCUCAUCAUAAAUCCCACCAGUCCGGAACAGAAAGAACGAGUCAAGGAACUGGAGAAGAAAGAAAAAGAAAGAAGAAUGGAGAUGAAAAAGAGAAGAAGCAUGAAAAAAGCUAGUCGAAGGGAAUAAGCUUGCUUCAACAGCAGAGAUUUGAGCAUCUGCAUCGAUAGAAACGGUGUGUUUGUAUGUACAUGCAUGUAUAAGUAUGACAAGG